UUACUCACCCGGAUCAUUUACCCCAUUCCCGCCUGGUCAUCGGAGGAUUCCGCUUCCCCAUUGGAUCCACCUAUUUACUCCCAUCAACUCACCACCGCUGCCCGCUACGCCACCUGGAUGUAUCUACCCACUCACAUUCACUUUGUCCAUCCUGACCCUAACUGGGACACACACCACUGAAAAUGAGGACCAGACACUCUGGCAGUAGACUGCAGGGUGAGAGAUGUAACAAUGGCCUUGAGAACAGCAGGAAGUGUGUUGGUGGUCUUUCUCUGGUCUGUGACAGUGGUACUGGGUCAGGAUGGCUGGAGUGUUACAUACACCACUCAGAGUAUCUGUACCUUGAGGGGGUCAACAGUGGAUCUGUUCUGCUCUUACACAUAUCCCAGUGGUCAUAAAGUCACAACAACCUUCUGGUUCACCAAAAAGUAUGAUGUGGAGAAUUAUGUGAGUCUGUUAGAUGACCCAGACUACAAAGGUCGUGUGACGUACCGUAGCAAUAAGAAGAAUGGCCACACCCUGAAAAUCACAGACCUGAGAGAGAGUGACUCAGCUACGUACAAGUUCAGAUUUAUAACAAAACGAACUGAAGGGAGAUAUUCUGGAUAUCCUGGAGUCACUCUGUCUGUUACAGACCUGCAGGUGAAGGUGACCACUACAUGGUGGUCAACGACACUGACCUGUAGCACCCCCUGUACUCUGACUGGUAACCCCACCUACACCUGGUACAGGAACAGUAAGAUUGUACAAGAGGACUCCUCCCCCUCAUACACAGUCCAAUUUAAAACUGAAGACAGCUUCUACUGUGCUGUAAAAGGCAUCAAUUCUCCUGCAGUGUCUGUUGAGGGUCACAGUUAUUUCCACGUGACUUACACCCAACAGAGGAUCUGUACCUUGAAGGGGACAUCAGUGGACAUAUCCUGCUCUUAUACUUAUCCCAGUGGUCAUACAGUCUCUGAAACAAACUGGUAUACAAAUGGAAAACUUGAAGAGGCGUCUCAAAUCCUGAGCCCGGGCUAUGGACGUCGUGUGGAGUACCUUGGAAAUAUGCAGAGUGACUCCAUCCUGAGAAUCACAGACCUGAGAGAGGAGGACUCAGCUGAGUAUAAGUUUAGAUUCAGAACAGAUCAGACAACCUGGGAACCCACCUUCCCUGGAACAACUCUGACUGUGACAGGUCUGCAGGUGAAGGUGACUCCUGCCACUGUGACAGAGGGACAGAAGGUGACAGUGACCUGUAGCACCACCUGUACUCUGAGUGACAACCCCAAUGCCACCUACAUCUGGUACAAGAAUGGACAUGUAACCAACCAAUCUAUCAGUCUGUUCCUAAACCCAGUCAGCAGUGAGGAUGCAGGCAGAUACUCCUGUUCUGUAGAAGGCCAUGAGGAUCUCCCCUCUGAUGAAGAGACUCUCACUGUCAGAUACGGCCCAAAGAACACCUCAGUGUCAGUCAGUCCCUAUGGUGAAAUAGUGGAGGGCAGUUCAGUGACUCUGACCUGCAGCAGUGAUGCCAACCCACCUGUGGACAAAUACACCUGGUACAAGAAGAACGUAACCUCACCAAAAGCAUCAGGACAGAGUUACAGCAUCACUAACAUCAUCUCUGAGGACAGAGGAGAAUAUUACUGUGAGGCCCAGAAUGGAAGAGGAUCUAUGAACUCUACAGCUCUGAUGAUCAUUGUAGCAGGGAAACAGACCUCAGUUCUGACUGCAGCUGUAGGAAUCAUAGUGGUUGUUCUGGUUCUCAUCCUCUGUCUCUCUGGACUCAUGUGUUUCAGGAGUUUCACAGGAGGAAGUGAUGCGUCAACAGACACACAGAGUGUCCGUCCUGACUGUAACAGUGACACGUACACAGGUCUGAACAUGAGGACCAUGUCCCCUGACUACGACACUCUGGCAAAUGUCCAUGCUGACCCUAACAGUGACCCCAACAGUGACAUGUACACACCUCUGAACAUGAAGACCAUGUCACCAGAGUAUGACACCCUGGCAAAUGUGAGGGGACCCUCCCACUGAAGAGAACCACCACAGAACCUGGACUGAAGAGAACCACCACAGAACCUGCACUGAAGAGAACCACCACAGAACCUGGACUGAAGGAAAGUACCUCAGAACAUCAACUGAAGAGAACCACCACAGAUCCUUUACUGAAAAGAACCACCACAGAACCUGGACUGAAGAGAAUCACCACAGAAGCUGGACUGAAGAGAUUCACCACAGAAGCUGGACUAAAGAGCUACGGUUCCAAUCCAAAGCCAGGCCUCACACCUCUAUUCUCUUGCAACCAUAUCUAGAUGGUUUUCCAGACCAUGAACUUUAGCUUUGAGUAAAUGGUGGAAUAUAUUUGUAAUGUUCUUAUUAUGAUGAUAAAUGGGAUGGGUUAUGCUGCUGCUUUUUUUCAAUGGGAUUUUCCCAUUUCCAUAUUUUUUCUUGUGUCCCAAUCUGUUUCCUAUCUGUAGUUUAAGAUUACAUUUCUGAUCUGUUCCUAUGGGGUUUUGCCAUAUACAGAUGUUUUAUAACAUCAAUAGUCCUACUUUCCUCAGUAACUAAUGUGGAUAAUAUUGAUAACAGCUAAUAUUGAUAACAGCUACUAUUUUUGUAGCUUUUGGGCCAAGUUUCUCCUGAUGUGUUUAAUGAUUUACUUUGUAUUGCUGUCAGACAUUAUUACUUAUUUGUAUGUUUUAUAUUACGUAAUCCUAUAUUGUUUUCUUUCAUAAAAAAAAAUGUAAUCAGUACAUUGCAUACAUUUAAGCAUUUGCAGUUUUUUACAUGUUAUAUUAAUUAUAAUUCUAUAUUAAAAUUGUAUAUUAAAAACA